AAUCUGACUGUCUUUCUGAAAGACACAGGAAUCUUAGAACUUAGAAAAGGAGCACCUGGAGCAGCUAUUACAGAGCAUGAUGGAAGGUUCACCCGCUGGCAUGGACCUCAGCCAUUCCCGGGAACAGCCGGAGACUACAGAAGUCCAGGAUGCUUUGACUGAUGGCAAUUCCAACACGUCUCAUGAAAUGGAAAACAUAAACAGUGCUGAAGAUACAAAGGAAUAUCAUCUGACUAAUGGAGGAGGAAGAGAAGUCAAGGGUGAAUAUACUGAAAAGGAAGGCUGCAGUUUGAAUCCAGAAACUAUGGAAAUCCAAGGAGACCCUGGGAGCCUUUAUAACUGCCAGCAAGGUUAUGGAGAAUAUGAAAACAUUAAGCUAGAGAGACAUUCUGGACCCUACGACCUCGUCAGGCCAGCUAGCGGAAAAAUGAGUUGUGACAUUUGUGGACUGGCCUGCGUCAGCAUCAAUGUUCUGAUGGUUCACAAACGAAGCCACACCGGCGAGCGUCCCUUCCAGUGCAACCAGUGUGGGGCCUCCUUUACUCAGAAGGGCAACCUCCUCCGCCAUAUUAAGCUUCACACAGGGGAGAAGCCAUUCAAAUGCCAUCUUUGCAGUUAUGCCUGCCAAAGGAGAGACGCCCUCACUGGUCACUUAAGGACACAUUCUGUGGAGAAACCAUUCAAGUGUGAAUUCUGUGGACGGAGUUAUAAGCAAAGAAGCUCACUGGAGGAACAUAAAGAGAGAUGCCGAACCUAUCUGCAGAAUGCUGGUCUCGAUGAAACUAAAAGCGUGGAAGGAAGGCACGUCAAAAUCGAGAUGGGCACUGAACGGGCCCUGGUGCUGGAUCGCUUGGCAAGCAAUGUGGCCAAACGGAAAAGUUCCAUGCCCCAGAAAUUUAUCGGUGAGAAACGGCCCAGCUUUGAGAUGAAUUACAGCCCCAGCUUUGUGCAUGAGAAGGAGAGGGACCCUGUGCUGCAAGGAUGUAUGGGGGAUCAAGCGAUCAGCUACCUUGGUACGGAUGCACUGCGCCCUCUUGUGCAGACUCCAACAGCCCCAACUUCUGAGAUGGUGCCUGUGAUCAGCAGCCUGUAUCCCCUGGCGCUCACCCGCAAUGAGGCACCGAACGGCAGCCCACACGACAUGGAGAAGAGCCAUGCCCAGCUAAGGGACAAGACCAUAUCUUCUGAAAGGGAUCUCUCUCCACACAACAGUGGGCAAGAUUCCACAGAUUCGGACAGCAACCAAGAAGAACACCAGAGUCAUGUUUAUCAUCAAAGUCAACUUGGCCCUCCGUCUGCACUGCACACCCAUAAUGGGCUUCUGACCUUCAAGGAGCAUGCAAGGGUAUAUGACCUCUUCAGGCCAGCCCCAGUCUGUACCCGGGAUGUCUUUAAGGUCUUCAACAAAGAAGGUGAACCCAUUGGGGUCUAUCGAUGUGAUCAUUGUCGGGUCCUCUUCUUGGAUUACGUGAUGUUCACCAUCCACAUGGGAUGCCAUGGCUUCCGUGACCCUUUUGAGUGUAAUGUGUGUGGCCACAGAAGCCACAAUAAAUACGAAUUCUCCUCCCACAUAGUCCGUGGUGAGCACAGAAUGGGACUCAAAUGAAAUUCUUCCUUAAUUUUUUUUUAUAGAAGCUGAGUGAACGUCUACAUUGCAAACUUAAAACCAGCCUGAAACUAGUUUAAGCAUUGCAGCUUCUCCCACAGCAACCUUGGAAAUGAUUAUUUUCUGAGGCUGUUGUAUAUAUUCACAUCCUAACAGCGUGAUCCUAAGUAGAUUUGUGUCUUUCAAAGCCAAUGGGUUUAGAAAGGCAUAACUUUAUUUAAGAUUUUACUGUAUAUUUUAUUAAGAACUUCACAGCACAAUCCUAAGCAGAGAUAUGCCCUUCUAAGAGCCAAGCUACAAGUGAGGAAUGACACUUGAAUGGCAUGUAGUGAUCAAGUGGAGGGCAAGAGAACAGGGAGGAAUACACGUGAGUCUAUUCACUUGCCGUUCAAGUGUCAUUCGUCACUUGUAGCUCGGCCCUGAGUCCCUUGAAGCCAAUUGGCUUAGAAGGGAGUAAUUCCAUGUAGGAUCCCACUGCUAAUCUUCAUAGAUCUACAGUCCCCAAGGAUCCUUCACCAAGAGGCAGGAGAAUUAAAUUGGUUUGGAACUGUUUUACAUUUGUAGUGCAGAUACAUCUUAAAUGAUCUCUUUCUUUUAAAACUUGUCUUCACAAUAGUGGCUUCAAUGUUUUUUUCCCCCUGUAUCAUUUAUAAUUUAAGGGUUCUGUCACACCUGCAUCACACGCUGAAACAAGUUAAACUCUCAUGCUGCUUCUUGCCUCCCCAGUGUGUCACUCCUAAACCAAAUGAGAAAGGUGUCAGCACUUGCAGUUGAACACCAGAUAUUUGGGGGUGGUUAGAUGUACUCUCUGAUGAUGUACUUUGUACAUGCUCAGAGAUGAUAACCACAUAUUCCAACACCUAGGAUUUAUUUAUACAAUCAGCAGAAGGAUGUAGCAUUUCCCCCCCUAGACCAUUAGUGCCAUCCUAAGCAGAGUUACACCAUUCUAAGUCCAUUAAAGUCAAUAGGAUUUGAACUGUGUAACUCUUUUUAGGAUUGCUUUUUACAUGGCUUCUUUUUCCACUACCAGAAAAACAGAUUGGAUCCAACCCAAUGAAUUAAAAUGUUGUCAUUUUAGUUUCCAAAUAUCCAGGCCAGUUUGGAGGUUCCUACCUGCACAGAAAAUCUGAAGCAAUUAUGAAUGAAGUAAGAAGAGUCUUGCUAAGGCUAGUGAAAAAUUUCAGAAUUGUGUAUGGGGGUGCGGGCUGGAGUUGGGAUUCCAUACUUUGUUGAAAUUGCCAAUCAGGUAUUGCCCUGAAGUGACAUUACAGACUGAAUUGGAAGGUUUCUUAUACAAAACAAAUGAAAGAACCUGAAGGAAGCCGGAACCAUUUUCUUUUAAAACUUGCCGAAUUUCUGAGUUGGGAGAGAAGUGCAGGAGGCCCUGCAUACUGUUGCCUCUGAUCUUCAGCACCCCAGUAAAGACGAAGACUUUGCAAGAGGCAAACAUCAGCAUCAAUCUUCAGAGACACCAGAGCCAAAAAUUCUGCUCUGCUGCCUGCAUUUCUGCUUACAAAUAUCCCUUUGUAUGAACUUGGCUGCUCCUCUAAACUGCUGUUCAAAAUGUCUUUUCUUAAACCAACAGGAUAGCCUCUUGGACAAGAAUUUCUGGAGCUGAAACUCUUUUUUCUCAUUGGAUGAUUAGAAUUUGAUACUGCUGGGUGUGUUGUGGUUGUUUUUAAAAUGCUUUUCUAUAAUGUAAAGUGAUGGAUUUAUUUUUAA